UGUGUGGAAUCGAGUCGGUUCGUGGUGCUGCUUACUACGAGUCCCCUGCGUGUAACGGCGGUGACCGUGGCAUUGAGGAGUCGGUCUGGUAUAGGUGAUCUAAGCUAUGGCUGAUGUACUUGAUCUCGAAGCUCCGGAGGAAUUUGAAGUUGAUGAAGAGGGCGAUCAGGGCAUUGUGAAGCUGAAGGAGAAGGCCCGCAAGCGGAAGGGACGUGGCUUUGACGGCGAGCGGGCGGCGCGCGACGACACGCGCCACCGCGACUACGAGGGCGUCGAGGGCGACAACGACGGCGAGCCGGGGCCUUGUCGAUCGGUGGAGGGCUGGAUCCUGUUCGUGACCGGCGUGCACGAGGAGGCGCAGGAGGACGACAUCCACGACAAGUUCGCCGAUUACGGCGCCAUCAAGAACAUCCACCUCAACAUGGACCGGCGCACCGGCUUCCUGAAGGGCUACACGCUGGUGGAGUACGAGACGUAUAAGGAGGCGGUGGAGGCGAUCGAGGCGCUGAACGGCACCGAGAUCCUCGGGCAGACCAUCAGCGUCGACUGGGCGUUCGUCAAGGGGCCGAAGAAGACACGACGGGACAGGAGGCGCCGCUGAAGAACAACAUCCGGCACUGCAACCGUGGAGGCUUCCGACAGAUGGCGGGCAGGUGGCUUCGCGUCACCAGACCACAUCAGAAAACGAGCGGCGGCUUAUGUGCACGGCCGCAAGUCCCAGCUUGGAGAGAGUCAUGUCUCAUCGUGUGCGCUUUGGUUUGCUGCUAGUUCAGGACGUAAUAUGUUUUGUGCGGUGAUUUUGAACUAUACACGAUCCCACUUCCCAGA